CGAAUACCCCGUGUGUCCCUGUGCCGUGUUGUCUGAUCGAAGCCCCGCCUCUCUGCUCUGCUCUGUCUCCUCUGCUCAGCUCUCCCCCUUUCCCCAGAUCCGACGCGAAUGGCCUCCUACGACGGCGAGGACGACUCCGGCCGGCGCCGCCCGCCGCCGCAGCAGCACCGCCCGUCCGGCGGGGGCAGCGGCGACCUCGCCGCCAGCGCCAAGCUGGUGGCGGAGGCGGCCAAGGCGGCGCUCCAGGACCACAACCUGGGGAAGGUCGACAAGGGCCGCACCGCUGAGGCCGCCGCCGACCUGCUCCACGCGGCCUCCCUCUACGGCAAGCUCGAGGGCAAGCCCGUCGGCGGCUACCUCAACAAGGCCGAGGACUACCUCCACAAGUUCGGUGCCAAGGAGGGGGGCAGCGGGGGCGGCAAGCAUCAGCCGAGCGGCCACGGGGGUUCAGGCGGCAGGUACGAGGAGGAGGAUGAGUACAGGAAGAAGCCUACUAGUGGUGGUGGGAGGUACGAACAGGAUGAUGAUGAGUACAAGAAGCCCAGCGGUGGUGGGAGGUAUGAAGAGGACGAUGAGUACAGGAAGAAGCCUACUAGUGGUGGUGGUGGCUAUGGAGGUGGAAGGUAUGAGGAAGAAGAUGAGUACAGGAAGAAGCCUAGCAGUGGUGGCUAUGGUGGGGGGAGGUAUGAGCAAGAAGAUGACUACAAGAGGCCUCCUAGUGGUGGUGGUGGCAGUGGUGGCUAUGGUGGGGGAAGGUAUGAGGAAGAUGAUGGGUACAAGAAGAAGCCUAGUGCAGGUGGAUAUGGAGGUGGAGGGAGAUACGAAGAUGAGUACAAGAAGAAGCCAACCGGUGGCCAUGGUGGAGGGAGGUAUGAGGAAGAUGAUGAGUACAAGAGGCCUAGUGCUGGAAGCCAUGGAGGAAGAUAUGAAGAAGAUGACUACAAGAAGAAGCCUAGUGGUGGAGGAAGGUAUGAAGAAGAUGACUACAAGAAGAAGCCUAGUGGUGGAAGCCAUGGAGGGAAGGAUGAGUCAGAAGGCGGCGGCAUUGGAGACUACAUUGAACUUGCACAGGGUUUCAUGAAGAAGCAGGAUGGCGAGGGUGGGCACAAGAAGACUAGUGGCCAUGGAGGAGGAGGGUAUGGAAAGGAGGAAAAUGAAGAGGAUAGCGGCAAGAAGAAACAUGGUGGCCGCCCUGAGAGUGGAAAACAUGAGUCGGAGGGCAGUGGCAUGGCAGAUUACCUGAAACUUGCUCAGGGUUUCAUGAAGAAGGAUGGUGAGGGGGGAAGCGGAGCUGGUAUGGGGGACUACUUAAAGCUUGCAGAGGGGUUCAUGAAGAAGCGUUGAUUCAUAACUGAUCUUCACUACAUUGUGAUUGGUGAGGGGCUUUGUGUUUGGUUAGUCCCUUCUUGUUUAACAUCUGUAUGUUGUGGAAUUUCUUAUGAUUUCCACCGACAAAGCUGUCUUGCCUGUGCUGUGUGCAAUGUACUGAAUGCCCAAGGUGCUACUUUUAAUUUCAGGAGAAUAAAAGAUUGGAUGAAUAAACUUGUGUUAUUCAUGCUUUGUAAAUAGUUCUGAAUUGAAAUAAUUGUUGUAGUGUUAUCAUAAUAAAAGUGUUGAAUAGA